CUUCUCCUAGAAAUCCAUCGAGCGAUUGCGCUGUGGUUUCUAGAUCAUUCCUUUUCCUUUGGGGAUUGUUUUUUUCCGCUGGGAUUGUGGAGUGUUUAAGUUGAGAUGUCCUCGCUGGAUUAGUGUGCGUCGGUCAGUCGCGACAAAUCUUUUUUUCUAAGACAGCAUUAUGACUGGAGCUUGGAACUGUUCCAAGUCUUUUUGGAAAUGUUGUCGUUAGAAGGCGGUGGUGGUCUCUUUGGAGUGUGUUUCUUUUGGCGAGUUUUCGCUUUUUUGCUUCACUGGUAAGGGAUCCAGAGAGCUCCUUUAGAUUUGCUUAAGGUACUCCUGGGGAUAAAAUAUAAUUUUUUGGCGCGGCUAGCUCUCCUCCAUACGCGUUUCCUUUUUUGCAACUUUCAAGGCAAGCUACUCGGGCCGGUGCCGAGAUUCCCAUUUUUCUUUCCUCUCUCUCGUGUAGCAGGCCAACCAACCAGCAUCAUUCCUGCUCCUUCCAUUGGCUAUAGAAUCAAAUGCUUGCCUUCAAACUCCAACUGUUGAACGUUACACUCUCGUCAUUUUGAGUCUGUCCCUCGAUUGCUUCUGGUGAGAUCUCACAGGAAUCAUCCUUCCACCGGCAAUUGAAUCAAUUGGCAUCUAUGCCAACGGCAAUGGAAAGGAGUAGCAGCAGGCGGUCUGAGUCGUUCUGGCCAACAUCGGCAGUGAAGAAGCUCUUCAACUUGGGAGCUGACGCCAACGUGUUCAGUGCAGACGAGGACGAGGACAAUUCAGUGAGGAACAGAAAGGUCUUUCGAAGAUACUCUGAGUCGGGGAUAUCUCACACGCACUUCACCUACAACCAGAACUUUAGUGUUUUUGCCGGAACUUGGAACGUUGCUGGGAAGCCUCCUGCCGACGACAUUGAUUUAAGCGAAUGGCUCCUUGUUAAGGAUGCAGUUGACAUCUAUGUGGUCGGGUUUCAAGAGAUCGUCCCUCUGAAUCCUGGAAAUGUCCUAGGCGCCGAAGACGAAGGACCCGCUACCAAGUGGGAAGCUAUCAUCCGGCGGACACUUAAUGGAGACCGGAGACAAACAAAAAGCGCUCCUUCGUCGCCCUGGAGGGAAGGUGUUGACGAUAACUCCGAAGCCAGUCCUGAUCACACGGAAACAUCACAGCCUGAGAACUUCAACAAGCACAAGAAGGCACACAGCAGUUCAGAGCUGGAAUUUGGAAGCUCGACACAGAGUAAAACAUCCUACGUCCGUAUGAUAAGCAAGCAAAUGGUCGGGAUCUUCAUCACCGUUUGGGUUCGGAAAGACUUGCGGCAGUAUAUCCACAAUGUUAAAGUUUCCUGUGUUGGAUGCGGCCUAAUGGGCUACUACGGCAACAAGGGGUCUGUUGCUGUGAGCAUGAACUUUGAUCAGACAAGCUUUUGCUUUGUGUGCACGCACUUGACAUCUGGCGAGAGAGAAGGCGAUGAACUCCGCAGGCAUUCAGAUGUCAUUGAAAUCUUAAGACGAACUACUUUCUCGAAGUCAGAUGACGGCUCUCCAGCAAGCAUUCUCGCUCACGAUCGAGUUCUAUGGCUGGGCGACUUAAACUACCGGCUGUCAUUGUCAAACGGAGAGACCAAAACUCUUUUGGACAGCGAAAACUGGAGUGCGCUUCUACAAAAAGAUCAGCUCAAGCUUGCCCAAAGCGUGGGUGGAGUUUUUCAUGGAUGGCAGGAAGGAGCAAUCGAGUUUGCUCCGACUUACAAGUACAAAGCAAACUCCACCGAGUAUUCGAACGGCGGAGAGAAACAAAGAACACCAGCCUGGUGCGAUCGAGUACUGUGGAAGGGAAAAGGACUUAGACAAAUCAAUUACUAUCGGACAGAAUACACUUUCUCGGACCACAGGCCAGUGACUGCCAUGUUUGUGGCCGAGGUGGAAUUGCUAAAGAGACGCGGUCCCUUGAGAGCGGCAGACGAUGCUUCCACUCUGGACUUCAAGAAAAUGCACCUGGGAAUUGUUCCACUGUGUGGAAUCGAGGAGAAAAUAAGAGACGCGUUUUUGCUUCCAAACGCAACGAUAUGAUCGAGCUAUGGAGGAAAGAUUUUUUGUUUCGGGAGGAGUGUACAGGGAGGAACUGGAAAGCUCUAGCCAAAGUUUUAUCAUACUUGUAAGAUUGUUGUAAAGGCAAAGGUAUUGGUUGGUAGUA